UUUAUUACUAUAAACUUUUUUUUUUUUUUUUUACAAUUUGUUUACACUUUUUAAAAUACUUUUUAAUAAAAUAUAUAUAAAAUAAAUAACUGAUUACAGUGCAGCAUUACCAAUCCCAGCUUGUAGGCCUGCUCAUAUUUAAAAAAUAUAUAUAACUUUUCCAAAGUGGAGCAUCAAGUUUCAGUCUUUAGACCUGCUCAGCUUUCAUUAUUGCGUUGGACUGAUCGGAAUUAAGAGCAAAGGUCGACGGGAGCUGCGUUUCAAUUACAAUCGUUUUUUGUCCUAGUUGUAGUGAUGUUCACACUCACGUGAUGCCUUUUGAAAACUUUAGACCGGUGACACGAUGGCAUAUUGCACCUGUCAAACAUAAGUCUAUUUUGCCGUCAAUACUGUUGACGGUGUCCUUUAUCAGUAGGCUUUAUAUUUAUGCUCAACAUGAAAAAUAUAUAUAUUUUUGUCGUGAAGACGAGAUCCUGGUCUGUCCGCGGUCUCCCUCUAUGUUACCUACAAAAGGAGCAGCAUGCCAGCGCCGCGUCAGGCACGUUUCUGGUGUGUAAAGACACAGAAAACGCGAAGCAGAAACGCCACGCUCACGCCACGCAGUCAGUGUCUCACCUGCCUUCGAAUCAGCUGCAGGGCGGGAUUUGCGCUGAACGAGGAGACUUCCGUCACUUAAUAUGUUAGUUUAGAAACACGAAAAUGUACCUAUGUUCCGCACACAAAAUAUUGCAUUCGGUCAUUCGGUACACACGUGCACCACACUGAAAGCCCUGUACCGAAACGGUCCGGUACGAAUACACGUACUGUUACACCCCUAAUAUCUUAUACUACAAAAAAAUGGCCCUCAGAAUUAACUUAAUAUUUCUGAGCCCUCUUUCGAAUUUCUUUCAACACACUGGUGUCAGAAUGUUAUGUAAUGAAUUUCAAGUUAGUUUCCUUUAAGUUGACAUUGUGUAUAACAGAAAAGUACAUGUAUAUUUCAUUGCAUUUACAUGGACAUGACAAGUUCUUGAAAGAUAAUGUCCUAAAAGAGAAAACAGAAGAGUAUCAAAAUAAGUGUCUUAAUUUCAGAAAUUAUAUAUUCUUGUUUAACCAUUUUAAACCUUAAGGCCUUUUUUUAUGAGUGUGAAAUGAAUGCAUUCAUGCACUCUUUAUAAAUCAUGUCGGUUUUAAAUCCAAAUAGCUUUGAGUCCACUAAAAAUGUGUAUCUGUGAAUGGGGAGAUAUGUAUGCAAAUAUUCAAUAUCUGUAAAAGUAGGCAUUGUUUCAAAUUUAAACUCACUAAAAUCAUUGUAUUUAGGAAAAUUUCUCCAUUGUUGCAGUGUAAGUUCCCUUACGAAAAUUAACCAUGGUUUUACUACAAAUGAAACCAAAAAACCAUGGUUACUAUAGUUAAACCAUGGUAACCACAAAUUAACCAUGGUUUUGCUAUAUUAACCAUAGUUUAACCAUGGUAUAUGUAGUAAAUCUGUGGUUAAACAAAUGGGAGUCAAUACACCAAAAAAACAUGGGUUACUACAGUUUUACUAUAAUUAAACCAUUGUUAUUUUUCGUAAGGGUUUUAUCCAUCGUGGCAAGUAGCGAAAAUGUCCCUUUUAAUGAAGUGCGUUUUACGUCAAUGCGUUCGAAGUGCACAGAUUGCUUUCAUUUUUUUGUAGUUUGACGACGUUCCCUUAAUCCUUCAUUGACUCGAUCCCCGGAUUCCCCGCGCCUGCGCCCAUGCGUCUGCCGCACUCACCGCCGCCAGAGCCUGACUGAAAUCACAGACACGGGGCCUUCCUCGCCAGCAUCCCUCCAUCCAGCUCUAAUUCCCAGAGGAGGGGGGAGUAACCGAGAAUCUGUCUGGAACAACGAAGAAGUUGCCGGACAUCCACCGCGUGUGUUUCAGGGGUUCCGGCUCUUCAGCUGAACUGAGGGUAUCAAACUUGCAGCAAUGGAAAGAAAGCGUCCAGGGAUGACCUCAGGGCCACGGAUGCCCCAUCAAGGCGCUCCCAUGGGGCCUCCUGGUCCUCCAUAUGGGGGAACACCACCAAUUCGUGCAGGGAUGCCUAACUCAGCACUAGACCCCAAUCGAAAACGUCCUGCCCCCACCCCGCCAGUGCAACCUCCCCCUGUCCCGAACCGUCCCAGAAAGAAACCACUUGGAUUUCCAGCAACAAAUGAGAUAUCUGCAAGACAGAUGGACAUGAGAGACGCCCAAUCAGAUCCUUCAAUUGGAUGCUUCAAUGCCAAGAGAAGAAAAAUGGCAGACAAGAUUCUCCCUCAGAGGGCAAACCAAAAAGAGUUAAUUCGUUAUGACAAGAUCCGGGAACUGGUGCCAGAGUCCCAGGCGUACAUGGACCUCCUGGCUUUUGAGCGCAAACUUGACCAAACCAUUAUGAGGAAGAGGGUGGAUAUACAAGAAGCCCUCAAAAGACCAAUGAAGCAAAAGCGUAAACUACGACUGUACAUUUCAAACACUUUCAACCCUGCCAAACUUGACGCAGAGGACUCUGAGGGCAGCAUUGCAUCCUGGGAGCUGCGUGUAGAGGGCAAAUUGUUGGAUGAUCCUGGAAAACAAAAGAGGAAGUUUUCGUCUUUCUUUAAGAGUCUUGUUAUUGAGCUGGAUAAGGAUCUGUAUGGCCCUGACAACCACUUAGUGGAGUGGCACCGCACUCCGACGACCCAGGAGACCGACGGCUUCCAGGUGAAGAGACCUGGCGAUGUGAAUGUGCGCUGUACCCUCUUACUCAUGCUGGAUUACCAGCCUCCUCAGUUUAAGUUGGAUCCUCGCCUUGCACGUCUCCUUGGCAUCCACACUCAGACCCGCUCCUGCAUCAUCCAGGCUUUAUGGCAGUACGUCAAGACCAACAAGCUGCAGGAUCCUCAUGAGAAGGAGUACAUCAACUGUGAUAAAUAUUUCCAGCAGAUCUUUGACUGUCCUCGUCUGAAGUUUUGUGAGAUCCCCCAGCGACUAACUAACCUUCUGCUGCCGCCUGAUCCUAUUGUGAUCAAUCAUGUUAUCAGCGUGGAUCCAAAUGACCAGAAGAAGACAGCAUGCUAUGACAUAGAUGUUGAAGUUGAUGAUCCUCUUAAGAGUCAGAUGAAUGGAUUCCUGCUGUCCACAGCCAAUCAGCAAGAAAUUGCAUCGCUGGACAACAAGAUCCAUGAAACUAUCGAGUCCAUCAACCAACUGAAGAUCCAAAGAGAUUUUAUGCUUAGCUUCUCAAGGGACCCCAAGGGCUACAUCCAGGACUGGAUCUGCUCCCAGAACCGGGACCUUAAGCUGAUGACAGACACAGUAGGAAAUCCAGAGGAAGAGAGAAGAGCAGAGUUUUAUAACCAGCCCUGGUCUCAGGAAGCUGUUAGCCGCUAUUUCUAUUGCAAGAUUCAGCAACGAAGACAGGAGCUUGAACAAGCUUUGGCAGUGCGAAACACCUAAAAUAGCCCAGUUUCAAAAAUAUCUCAGUUUCAAGAAUAAGUUGACAACUAAUUUGCUCUACCUGUGGCUUGGUCACUUUUAUUCUGGUGAUAUCCACACUGGGCAGUUUUCCAUGGACAUGAAAGGAUUAGACCCCUUCUCAGAAUGAGAUUUGGACUGAUUUUUUAACCAAUGAGGGUCAGUGAAAGUGUUAUUGUACUCUUAUUUAAUGUAUUUUUACUGUACAGUUGAAUGUAUAACCUCACAGUACAAUGAAUUUUAAAAAGUGGCUUGGAAAUGCCACUUUCACACUGAUAACACAAAUACAGCAGCUAUCUUAAUUGUUUUUACUUCAGUUUUCUUUUUAUGCACGUAUGCUGAUACACUGUGUGUCUUCUCACUUGGAAAGGUAGAACAUGAAAACAAUUUUAUAAUGCCUGGGAAUUUUUUUAAACAUUAAUGACAUGCUAAAUGUUAGUAUGUAAGUAUAGAUUUGGAAUCUGUCCAAUUUUCUGUACAUUUUCUUUCAACACAUUCUGCUUUCAGCGUUCUCCUUUGUUUGUCUUUCUUUAAAUCUGCACUGUGCUAAAAAUAUCAUGAAGAAAUCCACUGGAUGAAAAUCAGCCAACUUUAUUUGCAAUAAGUCACAUUUAUUGUCUUAAUUUUAAUAUGUUAAAGAAAAUUCUUGCUACAAUAAGGUAAAUCUUUCUGAUUUGUGAACACUUGUGUUAACACUAUUUUUUGUCUAUUGUUAAAAACUACAAAAUGAUUUCUCAUAAGCAGUGUUUAUAAAUGAUGUUUGAAAGCAUCUUCAACUUUAGAGGCUUUAAAUGCCAGUAAAACAAAAUAUGUUCUAAAUAUAUUGUGAGUUGAUAAAUACAAUAAUGCAUGUUGCAUGUGAAUAUUUUCGUGUUUUUAUUUUUAUGAGUUUCAUUUUUAGCAUGAUUCUGAAAUGUUUUGAAUCUUUGUUGCCUUAUUAAAUCAUUGAUAUGCACAGGAAGCGUUAACCAAAGGUUAAGUACGAUUAUAUCAUCUUUGUGAAUGCCAAUAAAUUACUUAAUUUUACUGAAUAUUCCAUCACACAUGUUGAUGGCAUUUGUAUACCUGUGACCUGAGAUGUGCUUGAUGCACAAGUGUAACAGAUGAGAACUGUCUCAUGAAUGUUGACCCUUUACAUUUUUUACAAGACAUUCUUACUGUGUUAUGGAUUUUAUUUAAAUAAGUACAGUGCGUCUGUUAUGGACAUUUUUAACAAGAUUAAUAAAAUAAAUACAAAUUCAUGAUCAA